UGUGUACAUGCAGGUGUCAGUUUUGCAUGUCUUCAUCAAAUUUGUGAUAAAAAGACGAAAAAUGACAACAAAGAACUCGUAAAUUACCACAUUUGUGGCAUAGUUUAAUUGAUAAAAGUAUCUUAGUUCCUGAAAAUACUUUAGGAUGUCCCGGGCCGCUGUCACAAAGUCCCGAGCGGACAAAACAAAAGGAGGGACAUCAGCUCCAACUCCAGCUGUUCUGCAUGAGAUUGUGCCUGGAAGGUACAAUGAUCAAGAUUGGGGUUUUAUGCUAGAUAAAGAUGAUGGCGAUGAAUUCAUCACAGACAUUGUUGAGGACAUCUGCAGCAACGCAGUCUCAAUUAUCUAUGACAAAUACAUUGAAAGACAAUUACUACCUUUUACAAUCCUUCAAGCAAAGGAUGCCAUCUUACAAAUCAUUGAGUGGCAGUUCUUGAUGCAAGAUGAAGGAGAGCCAACAAUAGAGGAUGAUGAAACCUGGGUGGAAGAUGAAGAACCAAUCCCAGCUAUUGCAGAUUGUUGGGCGCAGGGUCUGGUGCCAAAGAGAUAUGUGGCUGGACUGACACCAGAGCCAAUCACUGAGGAGCCAACAGAACUUGAAGUCGAAGAGAUAGACAUGACAGAUGAGGUAGCACCUACACCGGAAGCUGCUGAUGAGGAAGAAGAAGAGGAAAUAAAGGUGGAAGAACCUGAAUCAUUGCAGCCAGAGGAGACUGAAUCACCACCAGAGGACACAAAGGAGCCUGAACCAGAGAGAAAGCCUGAGCCACCAAAAGAACAACCAAAGAAAAAGCGGAAGAAAUUCCGGCCAUACGGAGGACGAAUAAAUCACGCUGGGUUAGGCGGUAUGGUGGAGUCUUUAGAACAGACAGAGAUGCGUCUUCUGCAGGAAGAGGCGUCUAACUAUAAGAUUGCAGGGGAAGACCAAAACAGUAAUAACACUCUGAUGAAUAUGCCUGCUUCCUGUCACUCUAUUUUAAGGGUGCAAGCUGGGCGUCCCCCAGGCAACAAAGAUGUCAUUUAUGAUGAUCAAGGAAAUGUUUUAUCCGUGACGAAGUUAGAUCCGAGUAAACUGCCAUCUCAUUUUGUGCGGACCACAUUCAGUGUGGUUGACCCAGCAGUGGAGGCAGCACAGGCAAGACUUGAAGCCAUGAGGACAGGGAGGUUCGUCCCUGCUUCACAAAAGAAGAAGAAAAAUAAAUUCAUGACAGCAAUGUUUGCAGCUGCAGCAGAGUCAAAAGUAGAUACCAAGGUGAAGGAUAUCAAGCCCCAGGAUGCGGUCCAGUCUCUCCCUGCUCCACUUAUUGAAUGCAUGGAUAUAGCACCCGGUGUUGUAGUGAAAGAAGGCAACCGCAUCAAGCGUGGACCAAGACAGUUCGGAAAGACAACGGAAACUGAAGUGAAUGCAAAUCUACGACCAUUGCUCCCUCACCCACCCACGCCCGUUUAUACAGCAAGAGACAUAUUAGACUGUGGGACCCCUGUCUUAAAAAUGAUCCGUGACUCACCCAUCAUUCCCCCAAUAGCUCACAAACAAGCAUCAUAUUAAGAGAUUUUUCAAAACGUUUCUAAUAGUUUUAAGAUCCAUGUGAUGCUAGUCUUGUUGUCACAGUUCAUGUGACACUGAUUUCCUCACUCAGUUUCAUUAUGAAGUAAUACUUGUCAGGCUAUUUCUUUCUUCGUGAAUGACCUACUCCUUUAUCAUCCUCUUGUGAUGAUUCGAGUUUAUUGCAAAUAUGAUAGAAAAAGAGCUCAAUUGACAUUAAUCACCCUGACCUCGCCAAUGUCGGCUUGAAACUUGUGACUAAUUUUCCUUGUUUAUCUUCCUUGUGAGGAGCUCCUGCUGAACUGCAUAUUUGUGCUAUAAUCCCAGGCUGAAUUCUGUGAUAUUCCCAACCAGGAUCUGUUAUUAGACUGGGCAGUCAGCCAAGGCAGUGUUUUUUUAUCAACUGGUAUAUUUUUCAUCAUUAAUUCCGUCCCGUUUUAUAAUACCAGAUUGAAAAUACACACACUGUUGAGACGAUCUUGACCAGGCACGCUGUACAUGUACAUGUAGUUUCUAAGUACGUAUUGUAUUGAAACUUCAAUGUUGUCCUAUAACAUUUGUCCAAGAAAUGUUUGUUUCUUCCAUCCAUCAGAAUUGAUAAGGUUUAAUUAUAUUUUUUAGUCAAAGUGAAUUUUGUAUGACCAGCGUUCUAAAGUGUACCUUCUCAUUUCCUGUUCAAAACUCUGGUGCAGAAGAUCGCUAUAGCUCGAUUUGGUUUGCUGAACACGUGCUUAGGUAGUAUUUUUCUAUUCAGAAACUCCUGGGGUGGAAUUCCAUAUUAAUGACUCAUGUAUCAGUUUAGAGUUUCAUUCAACUUUGCAAAGAUACGGACCAAGGUGUGGUAAUUGAAGAGGCGUUGUAUUGAGCAGGCGAAGUUCACUGUGUUAGGAGAACUAUUCGUGUAUAAAAUUAUUGUACGAAAUUCUGUUUAUAAGGAUGAAAUUGCUAGCAACUUACAUCAGUUUGCAAUUCUCUCAAUUUUGCCAAGUCUGUCAUUGUUGUGAUGUAUAUACCUGUACAUAUCAGUUAUAAUGUAAAGAUUAGAUUUAUUUCUACAUUCAUUGUAUUUCCACAAAUAAAAUCAUGUUGUUUGAUAAAAA